AAUAGUUUUAGGUGCUGUAUCAUUUUCAAUUGUUGAAGUGCAAUUACCAUUUGAUUGCCGACUAGAUACAAUAUCAUCACUAGCUAUUCGUUGUCACCAAAAACAUGAAAUUUUGUUUUAACAUUGUGAAGGACCUAGAAGAAGCUCCAUCUUUAUGUUUCUCUCAUACUAACACAUUUUUUAUAUUGUAUUGUUCUAUAAAGAAUUGAUAAUUACCACCACUACCAUCUGUAUUAUUGAUUGCAACAAAAUUCUUGACCUAAAAAUGAAAGCUGUUAGUGCAAUCCCUUGCGGGAUUAAAAAUGUGAAACGCGAUGGAUCUGUUGCUCCUAAUUAAAUGGAAAUCGUUUUCUUCCAUUUCUUUGCAAUACAUUUGUAGCUAACCGUUUAUCUGAUGCUUUAGAAGUGUAGUUUCUCUGUCACGGUCUGUGAUGGGUCCAGACCCUGCCUGUCACGGUCUGCGAUGGGCCCAGAGCCCUGUCUGUCACGGUCUGUAAUGGGUUCAAAGCCUGUCUGUCACGCUCUGUGAUGGGUCCAAAGCCUGUCUAUCACGGUCUGGGAUGGGUCCAAAGCCUGUCUGUCACGAUCUGUCAUUGGUGGGUGUGGGGUGUGCGUGGGGGUGGGGGGGGGGGGGUGUGGGUGUGAGAUUGUGGGUGUGGGGUGUGGGCCCACACACCCACACCCCUUCACUAUUAUAAUAAUGUAAAUUUUCGAUCAUUUUAAUGCCAUUUCUCCAUUACAACUUUUGGCUGGGUAGUUUAAAAUACACAAAAGUGUAUUGAUCUUGGCGAUAUAGUUUUAUCGCAGCUAUUCUUGGACAGUCGUAAUAUGACUUUCGAAAUUCUUGCAUUCAGUGUUGAAAGAUAAUGUACAAACACUAUAAGAAGAAGCAAUAAAUUUCAUAUUUUCUUGAUUGCUACCGAAGAUAAUACUGAGAUUAAAGCUAGUAGUUCUAUAUGAUUAGGUUUAUAAUAGACAAAAAAGAGCAAUAACAGAGACAAAACGAAGUUUAUUGAGAAAUGUAAACAACAUUUGAAAUAGCAAAUUAUCUAUCAAAAGAACCAACUUCUUUAACCAAAUAACUAUCAACAAAAUUCAGAUGAAAGAAUGCCACACUCGUUUCUCAAUGAGCAUGUCAAUAAAUGUUGAUACUCAAAACUACAUCAAUUCACUACUUCAUAUCUACAUCCUUAUCAGCUAACAUGUAUUACAAAGACAUUAUAGAAGUUGUAUGAUGCUCUUCUUAUUGAUAAGGACAUUACGAGAUUUUUUGAAAGAAUAGUUGAAAUUUUAGCUUCUGAUAUAAUGAGAUACUCCAUGCAGAAAAAAUACUAGAUUUCAAAAUGAUUUCUUGCCAACAUUAUUUCUAUAAUGUAUGUAACAUCGAGAAAUUUUGCAAAAUUUUCAUCAUACCUGUCUAUUGUUUAUCCUACUAUAUGUCUAUGACUUGUGUCAAUUCAAAUAAUUGAAAGAAGAUCUCGAAUGCAAACAAUUGAGUAUAGACGACUACUGGUAUUUUAUUUAAAGACUUUCGAUUGUUCGAAUGAAGAACAUUUGUAAUGCAAGUUUGUGCUAACUUUAAAACCUUGUUUUCUUUCAUAUUCAGCGAAAUAGUGAUUGCUUUGGAAGAAAUCUUCAUGAUAAGCAAGUUUACUUACAAGUCACAACGAUUAGUCAUAGAAACUGAAUAUUUCAAUUGAUUGCUUUAAGAGAUUUCAAGAGAUCCUUGUAAUAUCUAAUAAUUAUGCACUAGUCUUAAUGAUGAAAUAUUGAACCACAUGGGUAGAUAAGAUGUUAUUGAAAAAUGAUGUCCAAGAAACAUUCUUUAAUCGAACAGGUAAAAAAUUAGUGACGGAUACUUAACUGGUAUAUACUGAAGAAUUAUAAUGUCUUGAUUGCUCUUCACUUCAAUGUUCUAAAGACAAUGAAAACUUAAAAUUUUAACAUAUGUACUAUUUCAUAUCGACUAUAGUAUAAAGUAGAAAAUUCCAAACUGUUACUAAGUUUGAAAUUUACGUGUCAAAAUUACUGUAAACCUCAUUUUGUUUUGAUAUUUUCAGAAUUUCUAUCAGUUACAAAAGUUCUUAGAAAUUUCAAUGUAAGUUUAAUUAUUUCUUUUCUUGAAACCUAUCGUUUCAAAACUAGUUAAGAAAUCAAAAAUGUACUAACUUGACAUCAAUUGAGACUAAGAGUAUGAGAUAGAGUGAGGGCAAUGGUAAGAUUCCACCAUUAGGAUAAAACGAUUAGUACCUACGAUUGUAUCCAUGAAUGUGCUAAUAUUAGGGAAAUAAGAUAUCUAAUUUUCUCGCGAUGAUGUCCGAUUGUGUAUACUUGUAAAACCUAGCAAUCAAAGAUCUUGAAAACGUUAUUAAUAAUUUAAGAUUUGCUACAACCUCAGUAAAAUGAUCAUUUUUAAAGAAACAUAGUAAACUAAGAGUGCUCGACGAACAAAAUACAGAUGAUGAUUUAUGAAAGCUUGAAUCUGUUCAACUAAUCAAACAACUUUUUCAAUAGUUGAAUGCUCAAAAACCUAGAUUGACGAUACAAGUGUUCAGAAACUGUCGUUUCAACUCAAAAGUUUGAAAAAGACACUAAGUUUGACAAUAUGUAAAAUAUAUGAAGGAUCGAGACAGAAAACUGUACACAGUUAUUAUACAGCAAUCGGCAAUACAAUCGGGAACUGUCAAAAUAGCAAAUAUUGAGUUUUCCAUAAAAACAUUUUUCGUUGUUAUUAUCGUUAGAAAUAGAUCAUAAGUUUAACUAUCUAUUUCAUUGUAACUGAUGCCGGUGAACAAAACAAAAUGAUGUCGUCCCAUUGACAUUUUGUGUAGCAAUCCUAUGCAGUUGAAGAGCAAAAUAAAGGAAGCAUGGAUGGUUGACUGAAAAUGUUACAAUGAGUAACUUUUACUUAACAAAAAAAGAGUUAAAAAAAUAAUUGUUGUUAACAAAGUUGAGAAGUUGACUCAAAAAGAAUUCUCGUCUUGUAACAAAAUUCGAUUUCUGUGAAAAGAAAAUUUCUCUCUUAUUUUAAUAAUUUUUCUUGUCUCUAUUUUAGAUUAUCCAUUACGUUCUCCAUCCAGCACCAACAUUCAUCCGAAUGCUCGAUGGCAACAAAAUGGUAUCACUGUGGCUGGAGGAAAUCGACAAGGCAAUGGAAUCAAUCAACUCUCAAACCCAUUGGGUUUGUAUGUUGAUGAUGAUCAAACAACCUAUGUUGCUGAUCAAUCAAAUCAUCGUAUUGUGGAAUGGAAACGAGGUGCAACAAGUGGCCAAGUGGUUGCCGGUGGAAAUGGACAAGGAAGUGGAGAUCAUCAAUUGAAUUACCCAGCAGAUGUGAUUAUCGACAAAGAGAGAGAUAGUCUCAUCAUAUGCGAUACUUCGAAUGGAAGAGUGGUUCGAUGGCCUCGUCGAAAUGGGACAAGUGGAGAAACAAUCAUCUCGAACAUCUCUUGUUGGGGUUUGACAAUGGACGAGAAUGGAUCUCUCUAUGUCACUGAUGAUGGAAAAGCUGAAGUGAGACGAUAUCGAAGAGGAGAAUCUCAAGGAACAGUGGUUGCAGGUGGCAAUGGAUAUGGAAAUCGUCUCGAUCAACUCUCUUUCCCAACAUACGUAUUCGUCGAUCGAGAUCAUUCAGUGUACGUAUCUGAUUGGAACAAUCAUCGUGUGAUGAAAUGGAUGGAAGGUGCAAAACAAGGCAUUGUCGUGGCUGGUGGUCAAGGACAAGGAAAUGAUCUUACACAAUUGUCAUAUCCUCGAGGAGUCGUUGUCGAUCAAUUGGGCACUGUCUAUGUGGCUGAUGGAUGGAAUAAUCGAAUCAUGCGUUGGCCUAAAGGAGCCACACAAGGAAGUGUCAUUGUUGGUGAAAACGGUAGUGGAGAACAAUCGAACCAACUCAAUGUGCCCAUCGGUUUGUCAUUCGAUCGACACGGUAAUCUCUAUGUUGUCGAUUGGGGAAAUCAUCGAGUACAAAAAUUCAAUAUCGAUUCAAAUUCUUAA